AUGAAUUUCUUAAACAAAAUAUUUGCAAGUUCACAUAAUAGAGGCUCUUUUUAAAUUGAGGAUGUUUCUGGUUCUGAAGAAGAUUAAGAUGAAAUUCCAGAACAUCAAGAAAUUCCAUAAUUUAAGAAAUAAAAUAUACAAUAAUUAUAGAAUUACAAUUCUAGAAAGAAGCCUUAACCUAAAAUGGGUUAGGCAGACUUUUUGGCUAGAUAUGAUGAAAAUUUUGAAGAUGUAUUUGGAGAUAAACCAUAAUUUAAUGAUUUUCCAAAAGGUAAAAAAAGAAGAUAGGAAGAAGAUGAUGAGGAUGAAAAUGAUAAUGAAAGAAAAUCAUAAAAGAAAAAAACUUAAAGUAGAGAAAGAAAAUAAUAAUCUAAAGAAUAAAAAGAAUAAUCUAAGGAAUAAAAAGAAUCAUCAAAAGAUAAUAAGAAAACUAAAGAAAUUAAAGAAUUUAAAGAUAAUUUAGAUUAUAAAGAAUUUAAUACUGAUAUUAAAGAAUUUAAAGAACCUAAUGAACCUAAAAUAUAAAAAGAACCAAAAAUGAGAUUUCCCAAAUAAAGAAAAAGGAUUGUUAAUAAUCAUCUUUCAACAUUAAGAUCUAUUUCUAAUGAGCGAGAUAGUAUUAGUAAUAAAGAUAGAGAAUCUAUAUAAUAAAAUAAUAAAUAUAAUCCAAAUGCAAUAGCUUUACCAUAAGCUACAUUACCAAAAGGCGAAAAGAAAUAAGAUAAAUAAAAAACAAUGUUAUUUACUUUUGGAAUAAAUAGUAAUAAUAAUAAUAAUAAUGAUGAUAGUAAUAGUGAUAGUAAUAGUAAUAAUAAGAGUGAAAAAGAUAUAUAAAAUAAAAUCAAGAAUUUAUUUUCAAAUUAAAAAGAAAAAAAAGAUUAAAAUGAAUAAAACUCUAGUAAUAAUAAUAAUAAAAACAAAUAAAAAGAGAAAGAGAAAGGAGAUUAAGAAAAGAAAUAGAGGAAUGUUGAGAGAAAAGAAAACAAUUAAAAGAAAUAAUAAAAAGAGAAAAAAGAAAAGGAGAAAAAAACAAUAAAUAAUUUGAAAGAAUUUAAUGAUAUAAAAGAGAUACAAAAAAAUAUCAAUAGUAAAUAAAAUAGUGAAUAGAGAGAAACAAGAAAAUCAAACAGUAUAUAGAGAGAGAAACAAAAAGAAAAGAAAAGAGAAUAAAAAUAAUCGAGAGAGAAAGAUGAAAAAAUAAAUACAAAGUCUCCAUCCCCCGAAUUAAAAUUAAUAUAAUAUGAAACAUAGAAGAGAGUGAAAAGAAGCCAUAAAAGAGGAUUAGUAGAAGAUUUGGAAAUGUUAAAUGUAGAUGAAUUAUCAUUAAAUCCAAAUAUUGUAGAAUGCAAACCCAAUUUAUAUUUAGAUUACAUUCCUGUAUAUGAUUGA